CCUGUUUUUAACGCAGAACAGUCCGUCUCGUUAAUUCUUCCGUCUCAAGAUGGCGGAGUAUGCCAACAUCGUCCGAAGGGCUUUCGGACAAAUAGGAGGUCACGGUGGAGUCCGAGGUGUUCUUCUUCAGUUAUUCAGGGUGAAUGAUGUGAAGACAGGAACCCUGGUUGGUGUGGAUAAAUAUGGAAACAAAUACUUUGAGGACAACAAGCACUACUUCUUUGGACGUCACCGCUGGGUGAUCUACACCACGGAGAUGAAUGGAAAGAACACCCUGUGGGAGGUGGACGGCAGUAUGGUUCCAGCUGAAUGGCAUCGCUGGCUGCACUGUAUGACAGACGACCCCCCCACCACACACCCACCAGAGCCCAAGAAGUUCCUGGCUGAGAUCCACCAGUUCAACGUGAGUGGCACCUCCCAGCAGUACGUGCCCUAUUCCACCACCCGCAAGAAGAUCCACGAGUGGGUUCCACCCAAAGCCGGAGCUCAGUGAACUGCAUCUUUGUAAAUUAUGGUAUCCUGCCGCUGUAUCCAACAUGUCCUGAAUAAAAUCUCUAUAAAGACA